CUUGCCACUAAAAUUCCAAAAUGACACUAUUCUGCCGAUGCAGAGCAUUUUCGAUCUUUUUCUUCCGCGUCCUCUCCUUGUCCUCCUCUAAUGGCUUCUCUUCUCUCCAUUAUUCUCGUCCAUUCUCAUCCAAACCACUUCUUGCAUCUCCCCACGAUGUUAAUACCAUCUCUCGCAUUCUCAGCGACUGUCGUGAUCCACACCACAACAUUGAAUCUGCACUUGCACCUUUUUCAUCAAAACUUUCCACCAAUUUAGUUGAUCAAGUUUUGAAAAGAACCAGAAAUCUGAGCUUUCCUGUUCACAGAUUCUAUCUUUGGGCGAAAAAGUCUCCUGAUUUUGAACCCAAUACUAAUACCUACAAGAUUCUUAUUGAUGUUCUGGGUUGUAGAAAGCAGUUUCAUUUAAUUUGGGAUUUGCUUUCUGAGUUGAAAUCAUCUCAAAAUUUUGAACUUUGCCCAAAUAUUUUCUGGGUUAUUUUUAGUAAUUAUUGUAGAGCCGGUUUACCUAAUGAUGCAAUUCUAGCUUUUGAUCGAAUGCCUGAAUUUGGACUUGAACCAAGCUUGAAUGAUCUUGAUCAUCUUUUGUAUUUGUUGUGUAGGAAGAAAUUUGUUAAACAUGGGCAAGAGGUUUUUGAUAAAAUGAAGUGUAAAUUUGACGUGGGUGUAAAAACUUAUACAAUUUUGAUCAGAGGUUGGGGUGAUAUAGGUGAUUCAGGAAAAGCACGUAAGGUGUUUGAUGAAAUGCUUGAUAGAGGGUGUAAAGUUGAUGUUACUGCUUAUAAUAGUUUGUUGGAAGCCUUGUGCAAUGGAGGGAAUUUAGAUGAGGCAAAGACUAUGUUUAGAGAAAUGGAGUCCAAGGGACUUACUCCUGAUGAUUUUACUUAUAUGGUAUUUAUUCGGUCUUAUAGUAAAACAGGUAAUAUUAACUCGGUUUUUAGAUUGCUUGAUAGAAUGAAGAGAUAUAAGUUUGUAUCUAACUUGUAUACUUAUAAUAUAGUAAUUAAGAAGCUUUGUGAAAAUCAUAAGGUUGAUGAGGCUUACAAACUUUUGGAUGAGGUGAUAAAAUUCGGAGUUAGUCCAGACACAUGGAGUUUUAAUGCGAUCAUGGUUUGUCAUUGUGAUAGUAAUGAGGUUAACAAAGCUCUGAGAUUGCUGUCUAGAAUGGACAAAGAAAACUGUAAGCCAAACAGCCAUACAUACAAUAUGUUGCUUAAAAUGUUAAUGAAGAUUGAUAGAUUUGAUGGGGUUGAAGCAGUGUGGGAUAACAUGUCACUCAUGGGAUUUUAUCCUUCAGUUUCGACUUAUGCUAUAACGAUCAAUGGAUUUCUUAAGAAUGGGAAGCCAGACAAGGCAUGUAAAUACUUUGAGAUAAUGAUUGAUGAAGGAAUCCCACCUUAUUCUUCAACUAUUGAAUUGUUGAGGAAGGAGCUUGUGGGAUGGAGAAUGUCAGAGAAGGUGGCUAUAUUGGCGGAGAAGAUGGAGGCAAGUAGUUCUUCCUCGAUAAAAGAACUUUCGAAAAUAAUGAGAGGACGCAGGUCUCAACAUCGGAUGAGGAAGGAACAUGGGAGUUUAGAUUGUAGAAAAGAGGAAUGGCCCUUCUGUCCUGAUGCAAGGUCUUUCCCUUCUUCAAGUCUUGGGAGAGGAAGGAUAAGGGAUUUAUUUUCUUUGUCACAAUAUAUUAAAGAUCUUAGAAUGAGCAGUGAAGAUAGAGCCACUUUCUCUCCGGAGGUGCCAAAAUGAACUAGAAAAUCUUUUCUGGUCUGUGAUUAAGCUUGUCUGGGGUCAUUGAUAUUAAUGGAGAGCCUGCUGAUUCAAUGCCAGUCAAGUAAUGAAACAGUCUCAUUAUUAAUGAGAUUUCAUUAGUCGUUUUAGCACCUAAUUUUUUUAAAAUAUAUAUUUAUUCGUUACUAAUUAUAAUUAGUGAUGGUAGUAAUUUAAAAAAACUACGAUGAUUAGAAACUUGUUAAUUCGUAACGUGCUUAUAAAUCAUAACAAGUAACUUAAACUUUGGAGGUAAAACAUAAAA